AUGGAAGACGAGGUGCAGCGGGCCACACACAAACGACGGACUUUGACACCCGCAGAAAAGCAGGCGCAAGCGCUUGAGGAGAUGUUCAAAAAUCCCAAACGAGCAAUGCGCCUGCCAUCCCCCCCUCGCAGUGCUUACAAAGUACGUGAGCCGCCAGAGAUGGUCGACCAUGUUCAGGGCAGUAGCGCUGGUGUGGGUAGUGGCGAGUUUCACGUAUACAAGAUGACAAGACGUCUCGAAUCUGAUCGGAUUCAGGCUAUGCAAGAUGAAGCUGAUCGAAAAGCUGCGCAAGCUGACUUUGAUGCGAAGCGCAAUGCUCAAGCAGAGCUUGACGAAGCAAAGACGUCUAAAAACCGCGCCCGCCGAGCCAAGAAAAAAAUGGCACAGCAACGAGCACGUGAAAGCAAGGCGCAGGAUCUUGAGUUGACGCCCAGCGUACUGACAGGUGAUACUAUAUCGAAAAAGCGGAAGGUAUCGGAGCCUAACGAAACAACGAGGGAUCAUCCUGCCCCAAGAAACGACGGUGAUUAG